AUGCCUGCAUCAAUGCAGCUCACAUCCCUAGUCCUCGCAUUGACCUGCCUGAUCAAUGUGCACGCUCUUUACAGCAAAUCCUCCCCAGUGCUUCAAGUCACAGCAAAGACAUACGACUCCCUGAUUGCACAGUCCAACCAUACCUCUAUUGUCGAGUUCUACGCCCCAUGGUGUGGACAUUGCCAAAACCUCAAACCUGCAUACGAAAAGGCGGCAAAGAACCUAGCUGGCCUGGCGAAGGUCGCGGCUAUUGACUGUGAUGAUGAUGCCAACAAACCCUUCUGUGGUCAGAUGGGCGUUCAAGGCUUUCCUACUCUGAAGCUCGUCAGACCAGGUUCCAAGCCUGGCCGUCCCACUGUCGAGGAUUAUAUGGGUCCCAGAUCUGCAAAGGGCAUUGUGGAUGCGGUCAAGGACAAAAUUCCAAAUCAUGUUAAGAGAUUGACAGGUGAUGCCUUGGACAAGUGGUUGGACGCCGAAGAUGCCCCGGCCAAAGCUAUUGUCUUCACGGAUAAAGGUACAACCAAUCCCUUAGUCAAGAGUUUGGCUAUCGAUUUCCUCGGCAGUAUUGCUUUCGCCCAGGUCCGAGACAAGGCUACCGCCGAGAAGUAUGGGGUCCUCGAUUUCCCAGCGAUACGGUUGAUCCCUUCCCAUGGGGCUACUCCCGUCCCAUAUGACGGCCAGAUCAAUCGAGACUCUUUGGUGGUCUUCUUCAGCCAGAUUGCUCCUCCAAACCCCGAUCCAGCACCCAAGGACGCCAAAUCAGCAAAGUCGUCAAGCAAAAAACCCAGGUCGAAGCCAUCAUCAUCGGCUUCAGCUGCCUUCUCGAGAGCUUCAGCGGCCCAUAAAUCUUCCGACUUUGAGGAACAUCUCGCGGGCUCUAGCACGAUCCUUCUUGACGAUGACACUCCUACUGAAUCUCCUCUGCCAAUUGUCGAGGUUGACGAAAAGCCAAUGAUUGUUCCAGAAGCCGUCGCUCCGAUCCCUACACUCUCGACUCCGGCAGAAGUAGAGGCUGCUUGUAUGAUGCCAAGAAGCGGUAAUUGCAUCCUGGUGCUUCUUCCCACCCCGGAAGAAACAUCAUCUGAACCAGCAGCAUCAGCUUUAGCGGGUUUUGCCGAAAUCGCCGACAAGUAUAACAAGCGUAAGGCGAGUGUGAUACCUACUUACGCAGUCCCUGCUGAAAACCAAGCUGCGACCCAAAUCAGAAAUGACCUGGGUCUUGGACAAGAGGAUAAGAUGGAAAUAAUUGCAACCAAUAUGAAGAGAGGCUGGUGGAGACGAUACUCAAGUACUUCUUGGGAUGUUCUUGAGCUGGAAAACUUCGUCGAUGCUAUCAAACUCGGAGAAGGUUCCAGAUCAGCAUUGCCGGCUGGCUUUGGAGUAGUGACAGAGAACACCCCGGUUCCUGAACACACAGAGACGGUCGUUGCCACUGACUCUACCGAGACCGCCGAUGACAGUGAAGAUCCUGCCACCCCGGAGCCAGAACACAGUCCAGAAACUGAAGAUGCUGAUACCGUGAUCAGUGUUGCCGAAGCAGAGCCUGAACCUGAAGAGACCCCAAGCGCUGAGCAUGAUGAGCUCUGA